CAACUAUUAAAUCAAGACAAGUUUUGGCAGAGAAGCAGUAACAGCAGUAUCCACCGGCUCGCCAAAACCAAAUCGAUUGACAUCAUGGUAUCUGCAGGUCUCCAGAUCUUCGGCAUCUUCCUUGCCGCGGUGGGCUUCAUUGGGGACAUCAUCAUCUGUGCCCUCCCCAUGUGGAAGGUAUCUGCGUUCAUCGGCAGCAACAUCGUGACGGCCCAAACCUACUGGGAGGGCCUGUGGAUGACCUGCGUGCAGCAGAGCACGGGCCAGCUGCAGUGCAAGAUCUACGACUCCAUGCUGAACCUGCCCGCCGACCUCCAGGCGGCCCGGGCCCUGGUGAUCAUAUCCCUCCUUGUGGCCGUCAUCGGGCUCCUGCUGGCCACCGCCGGGGGCCAGUGCACCAACUGCAUUGAGGACGAGGCGGCCAAGAUCAAGGUGGCCAUCGUGGCGGGGGUCUUUUUCAUCGUGGCCGGCGUCCUGUGCCUCAUCCCCGUGUCGUGGUCUGCCAACGAGAUCAUCCGCAACUUCUACAACCCCAUCCUAAUGAGCGGCCAGAAGCGGGAGCUGGGCGCGUCCCUCUUCAUCGGUCUCCAGAUCUUCGGCAUCUUCCUUGCCGCGGUGGGCUUCAUUGGGGACAUCAUCAUCUGUGCCCUCCCCAUGUGGAAGGUAUCUGCGUUCAUCGGCAGCAACAUCGUGACGGCCCAAACCUACUGGGAGGGUCUGUGGAUGACCUGCGUGCAGCAGAGCACGGGCCAGCUGCAGUGCAAGGUCUACGACUCCAUGCUCAACCUGCCCGCUGACCUCCAGGCGGCCCGGGCCCUGGUGAUCAUCUCCCUCCUUGUGGCCGUCAUGGGACUCCUGCUGGCCACCGCCGGGGGCCAGUGCACCAACUGCAUUGAGGACGAGGCGGCCAAGAUCAAGGUGGCCAUCGUGGCGGGGGUCUUUUUCAUCGUGGCCGGCGUCCUUUGCCUCAUCCCCGUGUCGUGGUCUGCCAACGAGAUCAUCCGCAACUUCUACAACCCCAUGCUGAUGAGCGGCCAGAAGCGGGAGCUGGGCGCGUCCCUCUUCAUCGGCUGGGGCUCUGCCGGGCUCCUUCUGAUCGGCGGCGCUCUGCUCUGCUGCCAGUGCAAGAAGAACAAGGAGCACGGCUACUCGGCCAAGUACUCUGCGCCGCGCUCGGCCGCCAGCGGUAGGGCCUACGUCUGAGAGGACAGCAUCCUGUUCGGGUCUGCUGCGUCCUGCUGCAUGGAUCUUUUAACUUGGUUUUAAAAACAUUUUUAAAUAUAUGAUUAUUUUAUUGUUUCAAUAAAU